UUUAUUAAUCUGCUUUCUUUUCAGGUGUCUUAGGGAAUGAGUUUAGUAUAUUGAGAUCACCAGGGUCUGUUGUUUUCCGGGAUGGAAAUUGGCCUAUACCAGGAGACCGAAUCCCAGACGUGGCUGCACUGUCCAUGGGCUUCUCUGUGAAAGAAGACCUUUCUUGGCCGGGACUUGCAGUGGGUAACCUAUUCCACCGCCCUCGGGCUACUGUUAUGGUGAUGGUGAAGGGAGUGGACAAACUUGCUCUACCUCCUGGCAGUGUCAUUUCGUACCCUUUGGAGAAUGCAGUUCCUUUUAGUCUCGACAGCGUUGCAAAUUCCAUUCACUCCUUAUUUUCUGAAGAAACUCCUGUAGUUUUGCAGUUGGCUCCCAGUGAGGAAAGAGUGUACAUGGUGGGAAAGGCGAACUCAGUUUUCGAAGAUCUCUCAGUAACGCUAAGACAGCUCCGCAGUCGACUGUUUCAAGAAAACUCUGUUCUGAAUUCACUUCCCCUCAGUUCUCUGAGUAGGAACAAUGAAGUGGAUCUCCUUUUCUUGUCUGAACUGCAAGUGCUGCAUGAUAUUUCAAGCUUGUUGUCUCGACAUAAGCACCUAGCCAAGGAUCACUCUCCUGAUUUAUAUUCACUGGAGCUGGCGGGCUUGGAUGAAAUUGGGAAACGUUAUGGGGAAGACUCUGAACAAUUCAGAGAUGCCUCUAAGAUCCUUGUUGAUGCUCUGCAAAAGUUUGCAGAUGACAUGUACAGCCUUUAUGGUGGGAAUGCAGUGGUAGAGUUAGUGACUGUCAGAUCCUUUGACACCUCCCUUGUGAGGAAGACGAGGACGAUCCUUGAAGCAAAACAAGUGAAGGACUCAUCAACUCCCUAUAACCUUGCAUAUAAGUAUAAUUUUGAAUAUCCAGUGGUUUUCAACAUGGUACUUUGGAUAAUGAUCACCUUGGCCUUGGCUGUGAUUAUCAUCUCUUACAAUAUUUGGAACAUGGAUCCGGGAUAUGAUAGCAUCAUUUAUAGGAUGACAAACCAGAAGAUUCGAAUGGAUUGAACUUUCCUUAUGCCAAACUUAGAAAAAGGAUUUGGAAAUUAGCUGUUUUGUUAAAAUAAAUCUUUUUAGUGUAGUUUAAAGUAGAUAGUAUACCUUAAAUUUAUAAAAAAGCAAAUUUUGUUCUCUAUCUUGUGUGCCUGUGAUAUUCUUUUAGAGUAAAUUAUAGUAUUGAUGUGAGCUGAUUUGUGUGAUAUAGAUUCCAUAAUAUUCUCAAAUACUAUGAUAUAAGCAUUUAAUAUAAUUUCAUUCCAUUUAAUAUUUGGAAAUAUGCACUGAAAUAAAUGUAAAACAUUUAGAAUAGUUUGUGUUAUUUAUGUUUGGAAAAAUGCACUGAAUUUGAAAUGUUUGACUUCCUUAACACAAGACAGGUGAAAGUGGUAUUUGGGCUGUUAGAUAGUAUGAAACAUUUGUAAAUGUCUUAAUGCAAUGUAAGUAUCUCUGAAACAAGAGGCAAAACGUUUUUAAUUUCAAGCAGCUGGAAAUUAUGAAUGUGCUUAUACAGUCAGAUUUGGGAACCACAUCUGAUUGACAGGUAGCUGUUUUUUAAUGUUCUAAAAGUUUGGUGAUCUGAAUGGUCAGGUGUGGAUAUUCAAGAUACUACACUGAUCUUAGGAGGAGAAACUAGCUUUGUGGAGUUAUAGAUGCUUGUAAUUAUGUGCACAGAAACAAAUUUGGGGGACAUCUUGGGGCAUGAAUAUAAAUUCUUUUUAUUUCAGUAAUUUUCUCCCCCUAUGUAAGUUACUAUGGUUUGUGGUACAACAUCUUUCUAUAGAAUGUUAAGUGGAAGUAGGUGCGCCCUACUUUUCAUGUGGAAGUGGACCAAUGUCUAUGAAGAGUGACAAAUAAAGUUAAUAAUUCCAAA